AUGGUAAAUCCACGCCCACCGCCUCGCCGCUCUGAGUUCCCCCGUCAGAUACCGGCGGACUCUUUGCUGGAGGCAAGCGAAUCUGAGCUUGCUCUUUGUAACUUUAACGCUUUGCGUCUUAAUGCGCUCAAACUUGCUCCAACGCCUACCAAUGCGGCGGGGCUGCAUCGCAUGUGGAUUCCUUGUUCUCAUGCGAUCAAGCGUAAGCACCUCGCCGAGGUUCUUAAUGAGCUUGCGAAGGACGACCAUCCGCAGUUGUGGAAGGACGCUCGUCAGGCUCGUCUAUUACAAGACUUCAAGCUGAUCCCUAAGGCGGGGUCCCGUUUUACGUGCACGGCCUAUGACACUGCUUCCAAACUUAGCUUAGUUAAGCUCAAUGCUUUUGGCUCGCACAUCCAAAUCGCUCGAUUUAAAGUUCGGUUCUCGUUACUUCGUUGA